AUGCCAUGUCCUGUGGCAUCGCCAUCACUAGUGACGAUUAGCACUGUUGUCACAACUUCAACAUCUUUCCAAUUGCCAGUGCUGCUCCUCCAUUUUUUUCAGGGGGUGGCGCGUGCUUUGAAGCACAUCUGCCGCCGAGCGGAGAGGAGCUGCGUCCUCAAAGCACUGCGGCAGCCUGCUGCCCCGGCUUCAGAGAUUGCGGGCAUCCUCUCAGAUGAGGAGCUGGCCUUGGAAGCCCGCUGUUCGAAGCUGGAGUCGGAGCUUUCAGCCUCGAGUGAACGUCUCAGCUUUCUGGAUACCGUCGAAGCAAAGGUUGACAUGCUGGUAUCCGAAUGGCAACCUCGGUCUCAGGAGGAACUGCUGCACAACCUCUCCGAGGAGGUGGCAAACAUCUCCGUGGUCCAAGAUGAUGGAACUGAGCUGGAUGAAGGCUUUGAGCAGUCCCUGCAGCGCCUUGGCUUGGUGAGCAGUUGGCUGAAUCGGACCCUCUGCCAGCUGGAGGAAGCUCGCCGAGAGCUCGCCGAGAAAGAGAAGGCUGCGGCCUCAUGUGCAUUCUUGCAUCUGCCGGGCGAAGCUCCAAAUGCGCAGAGUGCUCUGGCACGUUUGCCUUGA